AUGGCGCUAUAUCGUAACCUCUUUCUUCUAGCCAGCCUUGGGCUAAGCAAUGCUGCUCCCUCCAAGGUCCAGCGAGCCCCGGAUUCUUCUCUUCACGCUCGCGCUGUCUGCACCCCUACCGCAGGAGGCGAUUCGUCCACCGACGAUGUCCCCGCCAUCACCGAGGCGCUCAGCUCGUGCGGAAAUGGUGGCACCAUCGUCUUCCCCGAGGGCAGCACCUACUACCUCAAUAGUGUGCUGGACUUGGGCAGCUGCAGUGAUUGCGACAUCCAGGUGGAAGGUCUUCUGAAGUUCGCCAGCGACACCGAUUACUGGAGCGGUCGUACUGCCAUGAUCAGUGUUUCCGAUGUAGAUGGUUUGAAACUGCGCUCAUUGACUGGGUCUGGUGUCAUUGAUGGAAAUGGCCAGGAUGCGUGGGAUCUCUUUGCUUCGGACAGCAGUUACUCACGCCCAACGCUCUUGUACAUCACUGGCGGCAGCAACUUGGAAAUUUCCGGGCUGCGUCAAAAGAAUCCACCUAACGUGUUCAACUCGGUCAAGGGUGGCGCCACUAAUGUCGUCUUCUCCAACCUGAAGAUGGAUGCAAACUCCAAGUCAGACAACCCGCCCAAGAACACUGAUGGCUUCGACAUUGGCGAGAGUACCUAUGUGACCAUCACCGAGGUCACCGUAGUCAACGAUGAUGACUGUGUGGCCUUCAAGCCCAGUUCCAACUACGUGACAGUGGACACGAUCAGCUGCACCGGCUCCCAUGGCAUUUCCGUGGGAUCGCUGGGCAAGUCAAGCGACGAUUCGGUCAAGAACAUUUAUGUCACGGGCGCAACUAUGAUCAACUCCACCAAAGCCGCCGGGAUCAAGACUUAUCCGAGUGGAGGCGACCACGGUACCUCCACGGUCAGCAAUGUGACCUUCAACGACUUCACUGUGGACAACUCCGACUAUGCCUUCCAGAUCCAGAGCUGCUAUGGCGAGGAUGAUGACUAUUGCGAGGAAAAUCCGGGCAACGCCAAACUGACGGAUAUUGUUGUGUCAAGCUUCAGUGGCACAACCAGUGACAAGUACGACCCGGUCGUGGCCAACCUUGACUGCGGUGCGGAUGGAACGUGUGGCAUCUCCAUCAGUGGGUUCGAUGUCAAGGCGCCAUCGGGCAAAUCUGAAGUAUUGUGCGCCAAUACCCCGUCUGGCUUGGGCGUCACUUGCACUUCGGGGGCUUCGGGCUAA